AGUUGAAACACACAGUGGACGAGAUAGCGUAAAGAGGUUCUUCAUUUCUCUUCCCAUCACCAGUGAUGAUACUAGUUCUCCCACCAUUUUUCUCUCCUGUCACUGCUGGUUUCAAAUCGAAUCGUUCUUUCAAUUCCGAAUCUGUCUUCCCUUCAACAAAAUUUUGCGGUGUAUGCCGGAAAUUUAAAUCCUACAAGUUUCCUGCGUUCAAUCAAUUUCAAUGCCCAAGGUACGGGCCAAUCUCAGCUUCUGUUCGCGAUGAAGAUACGUUCACCAAGUACUCCGGCUACAUAUUCGAACUCGGCGCGUCCGAGGCUGAUAGCUUAACAGAGUAUAAUCUGUCGAAGAUUGCUUCCAUAUAUCGGAAGAAACCGUUUAUCGUUCUCCGUCGUCUUACCCAGAUAGGUUACACGCUGGGGCGAUGGUUUGGGCUCCGAUAUCUCGAUAGCUUAAUGGAGCGAUCAGAUCAGAUGUUCGAGGUUAGAGCUGCAGAGCUUCGGAAAAUAUUGGUUGAACUUGGUCCAGCAUUUGUCAAAAUUGCUCAAGCUGUCUCAUCUCGAUCUGAUGUGAUACCACCGACAUAUUUGGAGGAGCUCUCUUUGUUGCAAGAUCGAAUAACACCAUUCUCAUCUGAAGUUGCUUUUGAAACAAUAGAACAAGAGCUAGGAUUGCCAAUUGAUUCACUCUUUUCGGAGAUCUCACCUGAACCUGUGGCUGCAGCAUCACUAGGGCAGGUUUAUCAAGCAAGGCUUCGUCCUGGUGGACAGGUUGUUGCUGUUAAAGUGCAGCGGCCUGGAGUUCAAGCAGCAAUUUCUCUAGAUAUAUUUAUCCUUCGAUAUCUUGCAGGAUUGGUUCGGACAGCUGCCAAGCUUAACACUGAUCUUCAGGCAGUGCUGGAUGCAUGGGCAUCUAGUCUUUUUCGGGAGAUGGAUUAUAGGGAAGAAGCAAGGAAUGGAUUGAAGUUUAGACAACUGUAUGGCAGUCUGCAAGAUGUUUUUGUACCAGCAAUGUAUGUUGAACAAUCAAGUCGUCGAGUCCUUAUUAUGGAAUGGGUGGAGGGGCGAAAAUUGACUGAAGUGAAAGAUCUUUACUUGGUUGAGGUUGGAGUUUACUGCUCAUUUAACCAGAUUUUAGAAUAUGGAUUCUAUCAUGCGGAUCCACAUCCUGGAAACCUUCUACGUACAUAUGAUGGGAAGCUGGCCUACUUGGAUUUUGGUAUGAUGGGUGAAUUUAGUCAAGAAUUCCGAGAUGGAUUUAUUGAAGCUUGCCUACAUCUUAUAAACCGUGAUUUUGAUGCCCUGGCAAAGGAUUUUGUUACUCUUGGGCUUCUUCCUCCUACUGCACAGAAGGACACUGUGACUGAAGCAUUAACAGAUGUCUUCCAAAAUGCUGUCGCCAAAGGAGUCCGCAAUAUCAGUUUUGGGGAUCUUUUAGGAAAUUUGGGGAGAACAAUGUACAAGUUCAAAUUUCGGAUACCAUCGUACUUUUCCCUCGUCAUUCGAAGCCUUGCUGUUUUGGAGGGUAUUGCAAUUAGUUUCAAUCCAGAUUACAAAGUUUUAAGUAGUACAUAUCCCUGGAUUGCUAGAAAAGUACUUACUGAUAGCUCACCUCAGCUCAAGUCUACUUUGCGAGGUCUUCUUUACAAGGAAGGGGUAUUCAGGAUUGAUCGUCUGGAGUCUUUACUAACUGAGUCCCUUCGUGCAAGAACAGAGAAAGCCUCAGUAGAACUGCAAGCAGAAGACAAUUCUAGGGUGGUUAUCAAGCAAGUCCUAUCUUUUACACUAACUGAGAAGGGUACCUUUGUGAGGGAGAUACUUCUUGAAGAAUUUGCUAAGGGUUUGGAUGCACUUGGGUUGGCAACCUUGGAAUCGAUCACUUCUGUUGCUGCUUCUGCAUUGCCAUUUUCUGCUUCCUUUCCAUCAACUGCAAUGUCAUCUGAAGAUAUUAUCAACUUGAAAAAUUUGCGUCGCCUCAUGCAAUUGUUCUCAGAACUUCAAAGGAAUGAGAAUACAAAUAUGGGAGUGACAGAUCUCAACCUAUAUGAGAAUCAGGGACCUUAUUCAAAGGAGGCAUCACUUUUUCUGUAUCAACUCACAUCUGUUCAGGAACUUUUGCCUGUUCUCUCUGUCAUCCCUGAGCUUCCACCAGAAUAUCAACAACAAUUGCUUCGGUUGCCAGCUGAUGUAGCUGGGAAACUAAUCUCUCGUGCAGCUGCAAGAACAAUUCGGAGGAUCUUCACCUGACAAUUCAGGCUAAGUUUGAUGUCAUCUCAUUUCUACAUGGACUUACAAUCUGUCAGUAGUCAGUACCCUAGCCAAGGGAUGGAGACCUCAAAGAACCAAUAUGGCAUCGAAAUGAGGACUACUACGCUAGACAUUUCUCAUGUAAGCUUUCAAAAUUGGCUAUAAUGCAUAGAAAUAUAGUUAGA